AUGCCUUCACAGAAUGAUAACACCCCGGUAUACGCCGGAAUACAGAAGACACGGUCUGGAAACCCUACUUCUGGGGACUCGAAGAAUGUUUUUCAAGACACAAAGCAGUCUGACGCUGAGCAAAGUUACCCCGAUGCAUCUAAUCCCGGGGAACUGAAGCGCAAGCUCAAAAGCAGACAUCUACAAAUGAUUGCAAUUGGUGGAACUAUUGGCACAGGGCUGUUCAUCUCUAGCGGUACCGCAAUCGCAGAAGCUGGCCCAGCUGGAGCAUUGAUCGCAUAUCUCUUCGUCGGAUCCAUCGUUUAUUCCGUUAUGAGCUCUCUAGGCGAGGUCGCAACCUACAUCCCCAUAGCCGGCGCCUUCACAUCCUACGCAGCUCGCCUGAUCGAUCCUAGUCUUGGUUUUUCUAUGGGUUGGAUCUACUGGUUUAACUGGGCCUCCACAUUUGGUGUUGAAUUGACUGCCACUGGAACAAUUAUUCAAUACUGGGACCCAAGCCUCAAUAUCGCUAUCUUCAUCGGAGUCUUUUGGGUCUUCAUUACGGCAUUGAACUUUCUUCCCGUCAAUUUCUACGGCGAGUUGGAGUUCUGGUUCUCCACCAUCAAAGUCGCCACUGUGAUUGGAUUUAUGAUCUUCGCCAUUUGCAUCGACGUCGGAGUGGGAGAGCAGGGUUAUCUCGGCUUCAAGUAUUGGAACACGCCUGGAGCUUUUGCGACAUAUCUUGUUGAGAAGCCGGAAUCCAUCGGCAAGUUUGUCGGGUUCUGGGCCGUUCUUAUUCAAGCUGGUUUCUCCUACCAAGGCACAGAGCUAGUUGGUGUGGCCGCUGGAGAGACCGAAAACCCACAGAAGACUGUUCCCUCGGCCAUUCGCAAGACAUUUGUUCGAAUCCUUCUCUUCUUCGUUUUGACCAUGUUCUUCAUCGGACUUGUCGUUCCCUACGAUAACCCCCGGCUUGCCACGACGACAACCAACGCCUCAUCUUCUCCAAUGGUUAUUGCAGCCGAUCUGGCAGGAGUCAAAGUUCUACCAAGCUUGAUUAAUGCGGUGCUUUUGACCGUGGUUUUGUCGGCCGCCAACUCCAACGUGUAUAGUGGUAGUCGAGUCCUGACUGGAUUGGCACAUGAAGGCUUUGCUCCGGCCUGUUUCGGAUGGGUGACAAAGCAUGGUGUUCCAUACGUCAGCGUGAUUUUCACCGCACUGUUUGGUCUGUUGGGAUUCAUGAAUGUCUCCAACGACGCAGGACAGGUCUUCAAUUGGCUUGUGAAUCUUUCCAGUGUUGCCGGGUUCGUCACCUGGGCUUCAAUUAACGCAUGCCAUAUCGCAUUUAUGCGCGCGUUGAAAACUCGUGCGAUCUCUCGCGAUACUCUCCCUUACAAGGCCAUAUUGCAACCGUAUUUGGCUUGGUACGGACUCUUCUUCAACGUUCUCAUCGCUCUUACCCAGGGCUUCACUGCUUUUAUCCCACAUUUCCGAGUGUCAGACUUUUUUGUCGCUUAUAUCUGCAUCAUUGUCUUCGCAGUGCUUUAUUUCGGACACAAGGCGUACUACCGUACGUCAUUUGUUUCUGCUGCCGAAGCUGAUCUCGAUACUGGUCGUUUGCACUACGAGAAGGAAACCGGUCCUCCUAAGCCAUGGUACUGGAGAGUCUGGGGCUGGAUCACAAAGUAA